AUGUGCGCCACGUCAGCUGCCAGGCGUGCAGCCAAUGCUGCAGAUUUUCUCAUCCCAGCCGCACAAGUACUUGGUUCAACUCCGGAAGUCAUAUCAGGGGAAGAAGAGGGCAAGCUGACAUUUCUUGGCGCCACCGCAGCAGUGAACAUAUUAUUGGCACAGGAAGAAUCACCCCUUGCAGUGAUAGACAUUGGCGGUGGUUCAUCAGAGGUGGCCUUGGGGAUCAUCUCUCCCCCCUUCAAGGGUGCAGUUUCCAGUUCCUCCUCUUUGUCCUCGUCUUCACCCACUAUCUCUGGCCCUCACACUGUCGUCUCAGUUGAAAUUGGCUCCUCCUCUCUAUCGCGCUCCUAUUCUCUCCACCUCAGCCCCACCUCUCCAUCCAGCAUUGAAGCAGCUCGUCUUGCUGCCAGGGAGGUUUACCGCUGCAAACUCUCUCCUGCACUGUCAACCGACUGGUCCAAGCACAUCGAUCAUGUAGGAAGGGGUAUGAGGUCUGGAGUGGCAACAUGUGGAGUGGGGAGAGUGGUGGUUGGCACAGGAGGGAUACUGACAACUCUUGCCGCGCUUGCUCAGGGCGUGCCAUACACAAGGGAGAAAGUUCAAGGUUUUGUUUUGGAUGUGGAAGUGGUGACUGGGAUACUCGAGAAAUGCGCAGGAAUGACACGAGAGGACAGAGCUCGCUUACCUGGCAUGUGGGAAGGCCAUGUGGACGUGAUUAUUGGGG